CCAUAAUCUUCUGGUACAAUGUAAAUAGACAGUUCACGUCAAGUUCUAAAUAAAGCAAUGAUUCAUGUACAAUACAAAUAUACGUAUUUGCGCCCAGGAAGAAAUGAUAAGCGAUGGCAGUGACAGAGAAUAACGUAGAAUUCGUACGAAAAAUGUUUUUUAAAUUAACUGAAAAUUAUAUCCAACAUGGAGCCACGAUGAAUGAUUUAAAAUCCAUCACUAUGACAAUCGACAAUGCGAAAAGUGUGAAAAAUUGUAGCUUCACGAAGAAAAUAUUGGUGGUGCUAUUCGUGCUCCUCCUAUACUGCUUAUUUAAUAGAUGUCUUAAUACGAAUAUAAUUAAGACAUUUCAAGAAACUCGAUGCCUGCUGCCGAAUAAUUAUCUCGUAUGGGAAUUCACGAGAUCGAUAUCGAAUUGCGAUUAUUGCCGCGACGUUAAAGCACCAUUAAUUCUACCCAACUUGACCAAGGAAGAAUUUCGCUCUUAUUCUUAUUCGUCUCGGCCUAUGAUAAUAAAGGAUGCGGCCCGCAACUGGCCCGCGCGUGACACGUACACCUUGGAAUUCUUUCGGAAUUUAUACGAUCGUGUCGAGGGCGCGUACGAAUCGGUGGAGGAGGAGUGCCAGUUCCUGCGUUUCAAGAGCGACUUCGCAAAUCUUCGCGAGGUGUUCGCAAUGAGCGAAGCGCGAGCGCUGCAUCGGGAGGGCGAAGAUCCCUGGUACGUCGGCUGGAAAAACUGUCAUCCGCGAAUCUUGGAUGCCAUGAAGCGGUUUUACAGCGUACCUCAUUUCCUGCCGGACGACGCGGAAAUUCCGUGCAGCAACUAUAUCUUCAUGGGUUACGAGGAGGGUGCCGUCAUGCACCUGGAUUAUAUAUCGAGACUCAUGUGGCAAGCCCAGAUAAUAGGUAGUAAAACUUGGAGCGUGGCUCCGACGCCGGAAUGCGACAGCGAAUGCACAUCUUUUCAAUUUACCGUCGACGCGGCGGACGUUGUAUUGUUGGAUACGAGGAUUUGGUAUCACAGUACUCGCAUUGAAAAUGGAAAUCUUAGUCUGACAAUCACUUCCGAGUAUGGGUAGACUUGGAGGAAACGAUUUUACACGUCCAUUAUUUUUAGACCAUAUGUAUAUUUAUAUAUAAUGUACAAGCUGCUUGGAUAGGACUCUAAGCAGUUAUUUUUUUUUUUUAUCAUUUCGCAGAUAUAGAGAUUGAAUACGAUAUAUUAAUAUCGCAUCUCGUACCCAGCAUUUCUUUAUUUAAUGCUGCAAUUUUUUGCCAUUUUUCGGUCAUUCGAAUAAGUAAAAUAAUAUUGUAUUGAAGAGAAAGAGAUAUUUGAAUACAUUUUAAAUGAUUAGCUACAUCGAAAAAGUCCAAAAAUAAUAAUAUAGCUUUGUAAUAAACUAUCUAUUGUAAAUAAAUCAGCUCUCCUUCUUUUUCUCUCUAAUUAAUAUGGAAGAAAUAAUUUUGUAUAAAAAUAUAUUUCUCCGAAGAUCGAUAUUGAUCUUCGUUUUUAUAUUCGACUACAAUAUUUGUAGCGUCAUGUUGUCAAUAUCAUACAUUUUUGUAAUUUUUAAUAAAGGAAAGAUUUUGGAAA